AUGACUCAGUAUAUCAAAGGAUUAGAUAGGGCAGGCAUCCCACAGCCUAGCGUCAUUCCUGCUACAAUGCCCACAAUGAUGCCACCCUCCACGAACGUGGCUUCUUCGAGUUCGCAAGAGCCUCUAAAGCAAGUCCCUAUGAUACAUGGAACUGUGGAACCAACCAUGGAACAAGAGCACAAAACCAAAUACCAGAGGCGAAUGGAGGAAAGAGUGAAGCGAUAUAGAUCGCUGGGGCACACUGUCAACUUUGUCACUGUAGAAGAGAGAUGUUACCCCACUGCUUCAAUAACUUUUACAGAAGAAGAUCUGCGGGAGGUGCAUCUACCUUAUGACGACCCAUUGGUCAUCAAGCUGCAAAUGGAUUGUUGCCAAUUGGGGAGAGAUUUAGUUGAUGGUGGCAGCGGAGUCGACGUCCUCUUCUGGGAAGCCUUCCAGAAAAUGGGUCUUGAGGAAAGUCAGAUCAGGCCUUCUGUUGCACCAAUCUUGGGGUUCAAUAGCCAAAGAGUAUACCCAAAGGGAGCAAUCAAGUUAAACGUAGUCGCCAUAGAAUGCAAUUUAGAAGUAGACUUCCUGAUAAUAGACUCUAUCACAAGCGACAAUGCAAUCAUGGGACGAAAUUGGAUCCACAGAAUGCAAGGUGUUGUCUCCACUUUGCACCAAGUUAUGCGUUUCCAAUCACCCAAUGGGCACUAUACCAUCGACAUAAAAGGGUAUCAGAGGCAGGCAAAGAAGUGGUACCUGACCCUGAAGGAAAGAAACGAGAUGGAUACCUCCGCCUCUCACGACGAUCCCACCAAAUAG